AUGUCGCCUAUCAGAGAUUCUCAAACCCCAUCCGCCCGAAAAAACAAGAAGUCGAUGAUCAAGGCGAUCAUCCAAAAGCUCAAGCCCCGAGGUCGCUCCUCGCCAGAACCAACGCCAGGAGAGGAAUCAGCAGCAGCAGCAGCAGCACCACCACCACCACCACCACCAACCAAUAACAACGGCCCCUUACCCAACGAGAGAGAAGUGCCCCAAUUCCUCGACCUCUUCGCCCCGUCCGGCGCCACGGGCUUCUCGAUCAACGGCCUGGCCCCAGGCUCGGACGCGCGGUCGCCCUCGUCGUUCGUGAGGGUAUCGGGAUACAAAGUCGGCCGUGGCUCCGAGGCCAGUGGGGAGCAGGAGAAGAAGCGAGGUGGAGUGAGGCGAUCCCUGAGCCAGCGGGUCAAGGGGCUUCUCGGCAAAGGAAAAGGUAGGCGAGCAAGAGGCCCAUCUGAAGACUAUCAUAAAGCUAAUAACUCUUUGUUUGAUCAGUCAUAUCGACGUGACUUGAGUGAGGAUCCGCAGACCUGCGGCGGGGAGGACGACGAGGACGAGCACGAUGACGCGAGCCAGAAUCAGCUGCACGGAGCGGGGGGUUUGAUCAUCGCGGCGCGGGAGGCACGAUGGUAG